UUAACAGGGAAGGAGACUUGGUCUGAAAGAUGCCUCAUUCCUGUGGCCUCUCUGGGUGCAGUGGAAUACAGACAGCCUCUGUCGAGGUGGCAUGGAUGAGUGGGUGAGAGAGGAUGCAGCCCACACUGGAAGGCUCUGGAGGAUCCAGCCUGGCAGCUGAGCUCCCUCUGCAUUUGAGACCUCAGGUGUAACUUGGUAUAGACCUCAUGAGAGGUGCUUAGGUUUCUCCAGCUUUUUUCACCAAUGCUCACCAGACUGGUUUGCAUUUUGGAGUUUAAGGGGAACUAGCAGAAAGGGGAGAUGACAGAAGUAGAAAGAAGUCUCUAGAAGCCUCCCGAAUCCAUUCACAGGAUCCCUUCGUACUGCUUGGAACACAGAAAGAGGCUGUGAUACAACUGAGCUUUGGAUCAUCAUCUUAGGUAAAGGAACACAGCUCAGCCAACAGCUCCCACAUUUCAGCUAGAAAGAUCCUCUUCUAACACAGGAUUCAAAGGGACGAGUUUCUCCAUCUUUUAUUUUGAGGUCCAUUAUGAUAGAAAACUUUCAACUCCUAUAAUAAUAAUACUGGUUUUUCUUUCCAAGAUGCUAGAUUCGAAAGACACAUGAGCCAUUCUAAGCUUCUAGGAGGGCUCAGGAGACAUAGGAGCCUGUGGACAACCCUCUUGAAGCAGGGUCAGAAAACAGCCUGAGGCUCCACCUAGCGCAACUCAGCAAGCGUGGACAUAUGGUGUUCUUGUCUCCAGAGAGCUGGUGGCAGUGACCUCACCAGGAGAAAAAGCAUCCCUCAGCUGUGGGACUUGACAGAAUGAGGUGUGCUGGGGAAGCCUCUCGCUGCGACUUGGACCUUCCUGACUGCCUCUUCCUCACACGGGCAGCCCCAGACCACUGAGCCAACAAUGGCUGAGAAGGGCGACCGCAUCGCCAGCGUCUACGGGUAUGACCUCGGUGGGCGCUUUGUUGACUUCCAACCCCUGGGCUUCGGUGUCAAUGGGCUGGUGCUGUCGGCUGUGGACAGCCAGUCCUGCCGGAAGGUGGCCGUGAAGAAGAUCGCCCUGAGUGAUGCCCGCAGCAUGAAGCAUGCGCUCCGGGAGAUCAAGAUCAUCCGGCGGCUGGACCAUGACAACAUCGUGAAGGUGUAUGAGGUGCUGGGGCCCAAGGGCACUGACCUGCAGGGUGAGCUGUUCAAGUUCAGCGUGGCCUACAUCGUCCAGGAGUACAUGGAGACCGACCUGGCGCGCCUGCUGGAGCAGGGCAGGCUGACAGAGGAGCACGCCAAGCUGUUCAUGUACCAGCUGCUCCGUGGGCUCAAGUACAUCCACUCAGCCAACGUGCUGCACAGGGACCUGAAGCCUGCCAACAUCUUCAUCAGCACAGAGGACCUCGUGCUCAAGAUUGGGGACUUUGGGUUGGCAAGGAUUGUCGAUCAGCACUAUUCGCACAAGGGUUAUCUGUCAGAAGGGUUGGUAACGAAGUGGUACCGCUCUCCACGGCUGCUCCUGUCUCCCAACAACUACACCAAAGCCAUUGACAUGUGGGCGGCCGGCUGCAUCCUGGCCGAGAUGCUCACGGGGAGAAUGCUAUUUGCUGGGGCUCACGAGCUGGAGCAGAUGCAGCUCAUCCUGGAGACCAUCCCUGUGAUUCGGGAGGAAGACAAGGACGAGCUGCUCAGGGUGAUGCCUUCCUUCGUCAGCAGCACCUGGGAGGUGAAGAGGCCACUGCGCAAGCUGCUCCCCGAAGUGAAUAGUGAAGCCAUCGACUUUCUAGAGAAGAUCCUGACUUUCAACCCCAUGGAUCGCCUAACAGCCGAGAUGGGGCUGCAGCACCCCUACAUGAGCCCGUACUCAUGCCCUGAGGACGAGCCCACCUCGCAACACCCCUUCCGCAUCGAGGAUGAGAUUGAUGACAUCGUGCUGAUGGCUGCCAGCCAGAGCCAGCUCUCCAACUGGGACAGGUACCCUGUGAGCCUGUCAUCGGACCUGGAGUGGCGGCCCGACCGGUGCCAGGACGCGAGCGAGGUGCAGCGCGACCCGCGCUUCGACCUGGACGUGUUCAUCUCCCGCGCCCUGAAGCUCUGCACCAAGCCCGAGGACCUGCCGGACAAUAAGCUGGGCGACCUCAACGGCGCGUGCAUCUCCGAUCACCCUGGCGACCUCGUGCAGACGGAGGCCUUCUCCAAAGAAAGGUGGUGAGGGCAGAGGUGGCGCUCCAGGGCCCCGAGCGAGCGAGUGGGAGGCCACCGAGAAAGCCAGGCCUGGCAGGAGGAAGCCGCCAACCUGGCACCUCCACCACCUUCCGCCCUUCUCUGCUACCUUGGGGUUAGCGGAACACAUGAAGGAUCCGAGGAGCGAGAGGAAUGUCCAUUUCUUAAACUGCCUUAAUAACUAGCCUUUAACCUCUGGGAGCCUGGCUUGGGGGCUGAUCACUUUCCCAGCAAAGGGGCCGUGUGCAGGCGAGAGACGCCCUUAGACCGCAGUCUGCAGGCCCUUCCUGGGUGGGGGGUGCGGGGAAUCUUGCAGAUAGUUUUAAAACAAUCUGUCCCAACCACCCUCAACUGACAGCUGAGGAAGGACAGUGAGGCCCAGAGAAGCAAAGUGACUCGAUUGAGAGCACAGGCCUCCUCAGUAUCAGGCAAGCCUUGAAUCCCAGCCUUCGGUCCCCAGCCCAGUGUCUGUCCACUAUAUAAUGUCUUCCUCUGCUGGGGUCCCUCUGGCUUUUCGGUCAGAAAACUUGGUCUGAAAUGUUUCUUCCCUGUCCAUUACCAUCUGACCCAUUCCAUGUUCUUUUAUGCAAAGCAAUGUUUCUCGUAUUCUGAAAUUGGAAACAACCCGUUUCUUUUUCAUAGUCACCAAGUAUAUUUUUCUGGCUCCCCAAGUACUUAAAUGUUCUUAUCAGCCACACUCCUGAGUAUGCCUCACCCCUGCGUGGUCUGAAAUCUUUGUUUCAGCCCAGAGCAGUUUGGGGUCUGUGGGUAAAGUCAGUCCUGGGCCUGUGCGUCCACCUUCUCCAGCACUCCCUAUGCACUUUCCUGACGCAUCAAAGACACAGCCGUUUUUCCCCAGUGGAUGUUGUACAUGGGUGAGCUUGAAGACAGCAAUUCCAAGAAUCCCUGCAACCAACCCUCAGUCCCCCCAUACCCUCCCCCCCCACCACCCACAUACACACAGCUCCUCCCCAAGGCUACCUCAGGAUCUAAUGUUCCCAGCAUGAAUUGCUCAUCUGGGGGAAAGCAGUUGGGUGCCUGCCACAGAGCAAAUGUGUUAGGAGAGAAGGUUUCACAUGGGACCCAUCAUUCUUCAUUCAUAUUGCCCUUGAUUUUGAUCAUCCAUGUAUCCUUGGCAAAGAGCAGGAAUGCGUUGGAGAGCAAGCUACCUUGAGGGUAAGGAGUCCAAAAGGUAGCAAAGUGUGAAAGAGGGAGUGCCACCAGUUCCCAUGACAAAAGAAGGGACUCAAAGUAACCAUGCCCCUCAUAGUUUAGGCCAAGAUGAGUUUGGAGCACACAAACCCAGAGGUAUGCUCACACACAGAGCAGGGGAUAGUGGCCUGUGGACACACAGCCCUCUGCAGAAGCAUGGGGUGGGGAUGCUGACAGCCCCCAACCCAGUCUCCUGGAAUGCUCUGCCAUUUCUGCCCCUCAUGUUCAGCUCCUGCCCCCUCCCCAACACCCCAAAGAUACCCACAGGAAGCCUGGCCAAUCUGUAGGUAGAGGACCCCCCAGUGUUGGUCUCAGGCUGUGUUCAUCCUCACAUCACAGCACCUUAAAUCUAAUCAGCAAACUAUGAUUUGUACACUGAAACCUGCAACACGUUAGAAACUUAUAUUUAAAAACAGGAUUAAUCACACUGACCGAUUUUUAGAUGGAAAACAUGUAAAUAUGAAGUGUUUGGGUUUUCUUUUCCUUUUUCUUUUUUUUGUUAAUGGAAAUGUACACCACUCCUCAUGUGCCAUUUUGUCCUCAGAGGGCGGCUUUACUUUUUUAGUAAAGUUACAAGCUGCUGACCUUGACCAGGAGUUCAUAUAUAAUUGUUAUUACAGAAGAAUUGUUAUAACUACUCAUGUUUAAAAAAAAAUCUAUUAAAUAUUAUUAAAGUUGAUCAAGAUGGGCCAAAUAAAGUUGUAUUGGAACAUAGGUUCA